AUUGAUGUCUCCAACACAGAAUAACUCGUUCCUAGUCCAGAGUUUAAACAGCUUUAGGAACAUUCAGAAACUCUGAAAGAUGCAACUCUUGCUGAAGCUGCUUUUGAUUUUACAAACAGGAGGUGGCCAAAUCUGGGAGGUGACUCAGCCGCGCCUGGUCAGUGUCCUAAGAGGAGAGUCAGUCACAAUAAACUGUACGUUUAUGUUUGCUGGAACUGAUAGUGACUGGAUCCAUGUAAUCUGGUACAAGAGAUCUCCAGGGGCGUCUAAUAUUUCCAUGGGAAGAACCAACUCGACCUGUAUUCCUAAUGUUACUCCGGGUGGUUUGAAUCACUGUAUUUCAUCACUGAAGACUGAAAACUUUUCUUCUGAUCUCUCUGAUUAUAAUUAUACCUGUAUUGUGAAGGUACCGAAUAUCAAGCCACCAUUAGAGAGGUCAGGGCAAGGAACAUGGAUACAGAUUUAUGAACCCCCUGAAGUUUCCACUGUGGAUGGCACUUUGGUUGCUGGACAGAAGUCCAGUCUGACCUGCUCUAUCAAGAGGUUGAAUUCUGGGGAUAUCUCCUUUACGUGGGCAUGUUAUGGAAUAAAUGGCUUUGCAAACAACACUACACCGACUUCAAAAAUAACUGUUAAUGGUACAUCUGUUGCUACCAGCCAGCUUGAGUUCAUCCCUAAAGUGACUGACCAUGGAACUGUCUGUACAUGUCAGAUAAACCAUGUGACUUUUAGACAGCCAGUGACAAAUAAAAUCAAACUACAUGUUAUGUAUGGACCACAAAAUCUCACAAUAAUGUACAGGUUGAACAACAGUGAUAGUUACCAGCCUUGGAACAAUAGCCCCAUCACUGUCCCUAUGGACUCCUUCCUGGAACUGAGAUGCUCUGUAGAUAGUCAUCCAGCCUCCAUUGUGAUCUGGGGGAAGAACAGUGAAAACUACACUGAGAUGUUACAAUCCACAGCUGAAUUAAAUAGUUCCAAAGUGAAGAUAACAAAUUACCAGUCUACAGAUGGAGAAGUCUACUGGUGUAUGGCAAACAAUAGCUACGGCUGGAGAAAUGCAAGCGUUUGGAUAAAAGCCAAUGAGAAAGUUGAUCCAUUGCUUCUCAUUCUAGUUCCAGCCAUUUCUGUUAUUGGGUUCAGCGUUGUGGUAACAAUAUGCUUAUGUCUGAUCUGCAAGAGGCAAAUGAAAGAUGCAGUUAAUGUAUCCAUGGAACUAAGCCCAAAAACCAUGGACAGGAGUGCAAAUUGCAACAGUGAGUUGGAUACAAUAUAUGCAUUAGUCAGGAGAAAUAAUCUACCAAAUAAUCCAAAACAUGCAACAGCAGAUUGUGUUAUUGAAUACAACAAUAUAGGAGAGGAAGAUGAAGAAGUGUCUUAUGCAGAUAUUGUCAUUCAUAAUCCAAAGCGACAAUACCACAAUCAACAGCCCAAGCACCUCCCUGAUGUAAAAGAGAAAAAUACCAGGAAUGACUUCAAAUACAUCCAUAGUUCAUCUCCUCACAAACACGUUGAUGAUACCUCUGAAUACUCUGCAGUCCGAAUUUCACGCCAGGAUUUGAGAACUGCUUGACUGUACAACAGAAAUUAGCUUUCUUCUAUAUUUGCAGCAUGUAUAACAAACUGCUCACCAGUCUUCACAAAAAAGACUUGCUGAAGUGAAGAUGCUUUAUUGAUGGAACAAACAUCUGCAAACUGAAGGACUGUGAUGGAAUGAACUAGAACUGAGCUGCAGGAGGGCGUGUGUCAUUUCAUAGCGUCUCCUACGAUGCUGAUAGGAUCUUAUCAGUCAUUUUUAUUAAGGUGCUGGAAAUCCAUAAAGGGUCAAAAAUUUUGAAACAUAUGCCCCAUCCCCCAAAAUCUAAUUUGUCUCUCCUUCUCCUACUAGGUGUAGCGUCAUGGCGACAUCUAGUUCCAUUAGUACCUGCAGCUCUCUGGGUACCUCCACAAACUGUCCCUUUGUUUAUGUGUAGCAUAAGCUUUGAACUUAUUUUUAAAAUUAAAGGUCCCAGAUUCAGCCUCUCAGAAGCCUGGCUGUCCAGCUGUGGAAAGCACCACAGUCAAUUACCACAUGUUCUCACUUAUCAUCCAUGGAUUUUACAGCUGGAGACACUGGAUAACAGUAAGAAGUCAGGAACUUAGCUGGCUUUUCUGCCCAGAUCAUGGCCACUCAUGGACAAGAGGACAAAUGCAAUGGUCACAAAAUUGCCAUCUGAACUGAGUUUUGCUAACUCAGAACAGGUCAAGGGUCAAAGUCUGAACAGUUUUCCUGCAUGGUUCAGAAUUACACUGCACUGUGUACUGAGCCAUCAAAAGACUAAUGAGAAAUUGUAACAUAACAAAAAGCUAUUUCAGCAGUAGAAUUCUAAGCAUGUAACUAAUAAAAAACUUUAAAAAUUCAACAUUUCACUGCUUGAAUGUACAAAAUUAAAGGUUUACAAAAAAUGUUCAUAUUCACAGAUGAAAUAAAGAAUAUUUAAUGGAAAUUUUAAUGCAAAAUGUUAACGCAAAAUGUUUUGCACAGGAAAUUCAGCACCCAGGAUUGCACGAUAUGAAAAUGACAACCAUUUAUAUUUUGCUCUAUUUUUCAUGCGAAGACAGAGUAGAUUCUGUAAUGCGGCCACAAUUUAACACUUACAA